UGCUCCCGGCCCGCUCUGACACCCGGGGAGCGGCGGCCGCGCCCGGCCCGACUCCUCCUCCCGCGGCUGUGGGAGGAGCGGGGCGCGCUCGGGCUCCGAGAGCCGCCGCGGGGACUAGCUCAAGAUGCUGCCGCCGCCGCCGCUGCUGCGGGCGGGCCGCGCUUGGGGCCGGCUGGGCCUGCCCGGGCUGCACCAGCGCCGCCGCAGUAGCACUUUUGAUGUGGUGGUGGUUGGUGGUGGAAUUGUGGGGCUUGCGUCUGCCAGAGAGCUCAUUCUGCGACACCCAUCGCUCACGUUCAGUGUGCUGGAAAAGGAAAAGGAGUUAGCCUGCCACCAGAGUGGACAUAACAGUGGUGUUAUUCAUAGUGGAAUUUACUACACACCUGGAUCUCUGAAAGCUAAAUUGUGCGUGCAGGGUGCAGCCCUCUGCUAUGAAUACUGUGACCGAAAGGGAAUUCCAUACAAACAGUGUGGCAAGCUAAUAGUAGCUGUUGAACAAGAAGAAAUUCCAAGACUCAAAGCAUUGUAUGAGAGAGGGCUGCUGAACAACGUCAGAGAUCUGAAACUGAUAAGUGCAAAAGAAAUACAAGCAAAGGAGCCCUUUUGCAGGGGUGUGAUGGCCCUUGAUUCCCCAUACACUGGCAUUGUGAAUUAUAGACAAGUGGCCCAGUCCUAUGCAGAAGAUUUCCAGGAAGUGGGUGGUGCAGUCUUGACUGAUUUUGAAGUAACAGACCUGGAGAUGGCUAAAGAAAGUCCUUCAGAAAGUGAAGACGGGAUGAAAUAUCCAGUUGUUGUUAGAAACUCUAAGGGAGAGGAAAUCCGCUGUCAACAUAUCGUGACCUGUGCAGGUCUUUACUCGGACCGCCUGUCCGAAAUCAGUGGAUGCAGCCGUGAGCCUCGCAUUGUGCCCUUCCGUGGAGACUACUUGGUGUUAAAGCCAGAAAAAUGCUAUAUGGUUAAAGGAAACAUUUAUCCAGUUCCUGAUCCUCGGUUUCCCUUUCUGGGAGUUCAUUUCACACCAAGGAUGGACGGCAGUGUUUGGCUUGGUCCUAAUGCAGUGCUAGCCUUUAAGCGAGAGGGUUAUAAAUUGUAUGACUUCAGUGCCAGAGACUUUAUAGAUGCAGUUGUAUAUAGUGGUUUAUGGAAACUGGUGUUCAGAAACGUCUCUUACGGAAUGAGUGAAAUGUACAGAGCAUGUUUCCUUAGUGCACAGGUGAAGCAACUUCAGAAGUUCAUCCCUGAAGUUACCAUCAGUGAUAUACUCAGGGGUCCAUCUGGAGUAAGAGCCCAGGCCUUGGACCAGGAUGGAAAUUUGGUAGAUGACUUUGUAUUUGAUGGAGGCACUGGCGAUAUUGGAAGCAGAGUGCUUCAUGUCAGAAAUGCCCCAUCUCCUGCCGCUACCUCCUCCCUUGCCAUUGCAAAAAUGAUUGCAGAUGAAGUGGAGCGAAGAUUUGGCUUGUGAAAUGAACUGGCACCACACUGGUUGUAUCCACUCUUGGUUAGCUGUGUGACUGCACUGAAUGAAGUCUGCAGUUUGUCAGAGUGAAGAUAAAUUGGAAGUCAUCUUGUUCGGCAGAUGAACGCUGUCAUUUAGGCUGUAGAAUACAAAACUGACAUUUCAGUUGUUUGCCUCCAUAAGCCUUUACUUCUCUGCUUACUAAACGUAGGAGAUGUGAGAUCAGAUACGUCCUGGGGGAAUGGAGGGCACCCCCAAAAUACAGUAUUAAUGAGGGGACAGGAAUCAGGGAGUGCCCAGUUGGAAGAGAGAAAAGAGCCACCUUCAACUGCAGAGGCAGUGACAUCUCCUUCCCCACCAAAGAGCUGCCUCUCUGCACAGGGUGCCAGCACUAAUUGCUGCUCUAUGGUCACUAGAGGGCUGUAGAAGGAACAGAAAGAGUCAUUGCCAAAUGGGCUGCCCGCACUCUGAUUUCCCAUGUUCGCUGGUUUAAACAGGACCUCCCAGCAUCUUCACUGCAGCAAGGUGGCCCCUUGAGGCAUCAUGGCCAGGGAGAGGCUGUGAUGGUCCCUCUCUCUUUCAAGAGAUUGGAGAAUUUCACCUCCCAACUAAUGAACAAAAUGAGAAAAACUGGUGAACGCCCUUUAAGGAAUGUGGAAUAUGGAAGUACCGUAAACAAUCCUUUGUCAUUGCAUCAUUGGGGAGCUGCUGAAAAUGUUAUUUGACAUUCAAAGCUUUCUCCCGUAAUGCAGAGUACCUGAAAUAGGCACAAGCCCAACAAUUGGUUUUAUAUUUCCUUUGGAUGUCUUGCUUGGUUUACAUACACACACAGUCAUUCAUAGUCCAGAUGAGCUAGACAAGCACUGUCUGCCUACAGAGAUCAGAGAGAGAUCAAUAAAAACCAUUUUUAUAAAAACAAAACAUGGGGGUCAGUGAAGAGCAACUAAUUAUUCUUAAAGACAGAUAGUGCAAAAUGAGCUUUUGUGCAGCAUAUUGAGCAUUCAGAGGAAAAUCUACUUCAUAAAAACAAUGUGAAUGGGAGGAAGUUACAGAAACCUGUCUUUAGUUGAGUCAUUUUGUACACUACUUUCACUGUGAGUCCAAAUAGCAGUGAGUCAUGAAAGUUUCCCACUUCCAAUCAUCUGUUGGUAGGAGGGGACCUUCAAGAGUACUGAUUGGUAUCACUGAAAGACACACUUGUGAACUUUGUAUUUCCUCUGCCACUUGCCACUUCAAACACUAUGAAAUGCUUUCAGAAGUGUGCCUGGAAGUGAAAGUGUUCCCUGGAAUGCAGAGAAUGUUCAUUAAAAUCUGGGGACU